GUCAAACGUUUGUCAAGUACUUAUGCUGUGCAGUGUUGAGUUUGUACGGAUUAUUUAAAUUUAAUAAUGUUUUUUGCUUAUUCCAUGUUCAAAUCCCGAACGUUUUUAUGAUAUUUUUAUUUAGGUUUUUAUUUAAUGUUAGUUUUGAGCGCACCUGACAUGAUGUCCGAAUCAGGUGACGUCCAAAUAACCAGCAACCUCGCAGAAAGGGACAAACCCCCUAGCAGAGUGGUGCUCUCCGAGCAUGAGUUAAGUUCCUUCAGCACACAAGAAUGGCAGAACUGCUGGAAGCAGCAAGAUUCGUUUAUCGCCCUCCUUGAGAGGAAAACCAAUUCACAAGAAGGGGAACUGGCCGAGCUCCGCCAAUUAACCGAGAGGACCAAAGGGCAGCUCUUUGAAUCUCAACAAAGGGAGAAAACGUUGGUCCGCAGGCUAGCGGCUAAAGAACAGGAGACUCAAGACUAUGUGUGUCAAUUGAACGAACUGAAAAGUUCACAAGUGCCCACGACAUCGACAUUACGGACAGUUCUGUUAGAUCCGGCGGUGAACAGCAUCCUCCAGCACCUGCAGUCCGAGCUGCAGGCCACCCAUUUGAAAUUAGAAGACACCCAGAACGAGCUGUCGGCGUGGAAGUUCACCCCCGACUCGAACACCGGCAAGCGGCUGAUGGCGAAAUGCCGGCUGCUCUACCAGGAGAACGAGGAGCUGGGCAAGAUCACCAGUUCCGGUCGAAUAGCGAAGCUCGAGAGCGACCUGGCGCUGCAGAAGAGCUUCUCCGAGGAGGUCAGGCAGAGCCAAAACGAACUGGACUCGUUCCUGGCGGACCUGGACGAGGACGUCGAAGGCAUGCAAAGCACCAUUUUGUUUUUGCAGCAGGAACUGAAAAAGGCUAAAGACACUAUUCAAGCGUUGCAAAAAGAAAAUUGUGCUUUGAAGACUAGUAACGGUCGAGCGAACGGUGACACUAGUGUAUGUGAACGAGAACAGACCGAUUCGGAAAACGAAAUAGAGAGGACACGUGGUGUAAAACGGAUUAGGAGAUCGUCGGUACUGAGCAUCGACUACAAUGAAGAUGACACUCUUGUUCUUAAUACGAAUGGUGAUGUCACUGAAUAAUGUCCGAUCAGUUUAGUUCUAUGCGCACCGCACGUACUUUUUAUUUUGGUACAAAUUCAACGCUUCGAAUUGUUUCAAUGAAACCAAUAAAUCAUUAUAAUGUCCUAGAGUGUAUGGUCAAUCGCCCAGAUUCGGAUAGAACUCAAAAAUAACUUUUUUUUUUUACUUAAGGUCUCUUUCAUCGGAGAUACAGAUUCUUUUAACAUUUAAUUCUACAUUUGUUAUGCUUUACCUGAACUUGGUAGACUGACCACAUUUUCUGGGACACCCUAUAUAAGGCCGGUCUUGAGCAUGUAAGAAAUUUAGGUUGUUAUAAGACCUGUAAACGAUUAAAACGUACAUUUCUGACACGUUUUUGAUGUAUGCAAAUUUAUCAAAAUAAAACUACUUGUGUUAUAACAUCCUACUAUUUUUACAUGACUUUUAACGUACCAUUUAUGACCUAAAAUCAGCCAUAAAGGCUUUAAAUUAUCAUAACCACAUUUUGUAAAAACCAUUGAUAUUAUUUUGUAUAAAACGCAUUAAUUUUAUAAUAAUUUGUAUAGUAU